AUGAGGGCGUCAUUCUUCCGGAGUCGGGUGGUGGGAAAGGAGAAGAAAGGGAGAGGGAAAGGUCGGGCGGAGAGCACCGACGAGUGGGACGCGCGAGUCGCCGAGGUCGACGCCCUGCGGGACUCCUCGCUGGGAUGCCUGCCCAGGAGCAUCUUCGCCGACGUGGUCUCCAGGCUGGACGGGCCGGACGUCGCGCGCCUCGGCAUGACCUGCCGCGCGGCGAGGGCGUACUGCUCGAGGCCAGCCAUCUGGCGCGCGCUCGCGCGCGCGCAGGAAGCCCCGGCGCUGGUGCGAGAGGACCUCGUCAACCGCGACUUCACGUGGAAACAGCUGUACGCGUGGCGCAGGCACGUCCUGUGGCACCGCGCGCGCGGCGUCGAUCGUAUCGCCGUCGCGGACCACGCGAGGGUCCUCACGUGCGAUCCCGUUGAGGGAGGCGGCCGCGUUCGCGUCGCGUACGAGGCGCCCUCGCCGCAGCCGCUCGCGCCCAACCUGCUCACCUGGUCGCCGGACGCGUCGAUGCUCGUCGUCGCGCAGGAGAGCGCCGAGGGAUGCAAACUCGUGCUCUCCGCGCCCACCGCGUGCCUUCGACCUAAACGCUCGAACCGGUUUGCAAGCGGAGAUCGUCAAUUUCAGAUCCUCGAUCGUCGUCGUCGGGGAACCGGGCACGACCGGGGCGACGGGUACGACUCGGAGGACGCCACGAUGGGGGACGAGGACUCCACCGCGGCGGCGGGGCACGGGCUCGGGACGUCUGGCCGGACGCAAACAGCCGGCCGGACGCAACAGCUGGCCGGGACAAACGCGGCGUUUUUCGGCCGCGGCGAUUCGGGCGGCGGCCAAUCGGGCGGCGCCGCGUGGCAGCAGCUGGACGACGAGGACGACUCCGUGGACGCGAACAAGGCGAAGGAACCGCGGGCGUACCCCCGCGGAAUCGUCGCCCCGAUAGAUCGGGUUCGAUCGCACAAGCUCCCGGCGAUGAAUUCGGUGCACGUGCCGCUCCGGAAUCCCGUCUUCGCCGCUUUCACCGCGUGCGGCACUCGGCUUCUGCUCAUGAACGUCAGGCGGCACGGCGAGGAGUUCGCGCUUCACGAGCUGGACCUGACCGUCGCGAUGGCGUCGCUGCACGGCGCCACGCCCGGCGCCGCCGGCACCCGCGGCUCGAAGUUUCUCGCGAAGAAUCACCAAUUCAAGAAUCACCAAUCACUGGCGGGUACCAAGCGUCGAAGGGGAGAUUUCGUCGCGGGCGACGACGACGACGCCGCCGCCGCCCCCGCGAACGUUCGGGGCGUGGGCCCAGACGGGUGGCUCAGCGCCGACGCUCGGGAGACGCUGACGCUGGUGGAGUCUGGCCGCGAGCUCUCGUUUUCGCCCGGUCCGAGCACCCGCGACGUGCUGUCCCUCGUGAACGGCGCCGCCGUCGGUAAAAUCUCGCCGGCGAACCUUCGCGCGUGGUCGGGGCUCGAUCGCGAGUGCACCGCGCGUCCCGUCGCGGGCGGCGCACGCGACCGCGUCCGAGCGGCUCGAGCCCUCGAGCGGGACGAAGACGUCCGAAUGAAUGAGCGCCUCCGGAAGGAGGAGAACGAGACGGCGUCCGAGGCUUCCUUCGAGCUGGACGGCGACGAGCUCGAGGAGGAGCGCGACAAUAGGGCGUCGACGGGAAACACCCACCCGGCGUGGCGAGCCGGCGGGGGUGCCGAUGGGGGUGCCGUCGAGGGUGCCGUCUGGGGUGCCCACGCGGCGUCCGACGACGACGAGGGCGGCUUGCGCGAGGUAUCGUCCGCGCCCGAGUCUCUGUGGUGGCGACGAAGCGUCGACGCGUUUCGCGGUGGAUACUCCGCCGGGGUUGAGACGCUGAGGUCUGCGGCGGUGCAGCUGGCGCGAUCGCUGCUCCCGGCCGCGAUCGUGCACCCGGCGGGGGUCCGGCGGGGGGGUUCAAGCCGGCGAAGGGGGGGCGGUUCCGUCUGGGGAGCCGGACGCGGGGAGCGGGAGGAGGCGGCGAUGCGUCGAGCGGCGGAGGUGGAACGGAGGUCGCGGUCGGGCGGGCGAGCUAUCAAGCGAGCGAGGCUCACGGGGCGGGCGGCGGCGGCGGGCGGCGCGGCGGGAGGGGGGGGCGAUCGAUCGCGGGCCCCCGUGGUGGGUGGUUUUUCGAGGCUCGGCAAGGCGAAGAAGGGAUCCGGUCCGUCCGCGUCUGUCGGGUACGUCAACCCGUUCGCCUGCGCGAUUCCGUCCGUUCGCCGCGCGAGGCCGAGCGACGUGGUGAGCUUUCGGCGCGAUCGGCUGCACGAGACGUCGCUGCCCGGGCUCGCGCACAUAGUCCAGUGGGUGAGGCCCGCGCGCGACGUUCCAUCGGUCGGUCGCGGUUCAAACCUCGUCGCCGGUGACUCACCGGGCGGUGACUCACCGGGCGACCACGGCCACUGGCUGGUGCCCGUGUCGUUCCCGGACGCGAUGCCCCGAGCGGUGCAUCUCGCGCUGCUUCCCGCGGCGCCCACGCCGGGCCCGAACGAAAUUCGCGGCACCGACGCGCAACGGCGCGAGUCCGCGAGGCUCGCGAUGCUCGGUCUCGACGCUUCGAUGCCGCGGUCCGCGGCGUCUCGCGUGGCGGCCGCCGUCGAGCGCUCCGUCAUCGCCGCGCGAUCGCUGUUCUCGAAGGAUGCUCGGCACCCGUCGGCACCCGUCGGCGCACCCGUCGGCACCCUCGAGGACGCGUGCGUCGUGGAACUGGCGCCGCCCGCCGCGUACAACGAGCUGCACGUCGUCGUCUCGACGGUGGCGGCGGCGGCGCCGGGGGGUAAGAUCGUGUGCUGGGCGGAUGACGGCGCGCUGUGGGCGAGGCGCGCGGUGGACGGCCCCGACGGGAAUCGAACGUGGGACCGCGCGACGCGCGUCCUGGACCUUCGCCGGUGCGGAUUCGGCGCCGACGCGGGGCUGCGAAUCGACGACGAGGGAUCCGUCGCUCCCAACCCCGUGCUGCACCAGGUUUGCGCCAUGCAGUGGAGCGCUUCGGGCACGCGGUUGCUUAUCCUGGUGGCGUGUCACUUUACCACGACGAGCCACGUGUUCCCGAUGCACCAGUGGAUGGUGUGGGAUCCCCCGGCGACUUGGCUGGGCGCAUCGGAUCUCUCACUUUUGGAGGAUCCUCCAUCCGCGACGACGCACGGCGCCGGCUGCUUCGCCGCGAGCGGCGGCGGCCCCGGGGCGCCCGUCUUCUGUCGCUGCGUUUCGAGAAGUUACGACGACGCCCUCGCGGGUGAUUUCCGCUGCUCGCACGGUCGCGACCGCUACCGGUGCGAGGAAUGCGGGGGCGCCGGGGUGGGCGAGGACGCGAUCGAUCCGGGCACGCUCGAUUCGAUUCGCGCGAGGGUGCACGAGACGGGGGCUUAUGGGUUCGACCCAGACGACGUCCUCGGCGUCAUCACCCGCGGUCGCUGGCACGUCCCGACCAAGACGUUCGUCCAGGACGUCCUGCCCAUCUUCGAGCAGUACUCGCAGACGCACUCGCUGUGGGCACCCGACGAGGACCGCGUGUGCUAUCCGGUUCGAAGCGACGGAUCCGGCGCGGGCGCGGGCGUCGGCGGCGGCGAUCACGUUUGGAUGACGCGUUUUCCUCGGAUGCCGAUCGUUCAUCGGUUGGCGUCCGUCGGGGGUGGUCGGAACGUGAGGCAGGUUGGGGAGCACAACGCGCUGCCGUUUAAGCACGCGUUCGUGGAUUCCGCGGUUGUGGUUUGCGAGGGGAGCUUCUGCGUGUGGAGUCCGUGCUAGCUAGCUAGAGCUUAGUGUUACGCGUUACCUUCGUACUUUCGUGUUAUACGAGGAGAUUUUGAUUU